GCUUCAUUCCUCUACCAUCCUCCUUAUCCUCCACGAUGCGCUUGGACACGACCAGAGCGGCGCCGAGCGGCAAUGCCGCUCACAUAUCGCUGCCCCUCUUGCGCCUCGUCAACGAGGCCCGCAAUGAGCACGGAAUGCGUCAGCACGACUAUGAGCGAUACCGUCAUUUCUGCACAAAGAAGGCGCACCGACUUCGCCAGACUUUGAACCUUACGCACAAGGACGAGAAGCAUGGUGCACCACCGGCUACAACUGGCAAGGGAGGUCAGAAGAAGCAGCAAUCGAAGCGCGGAAAGAAGAAGCAGACGGCGGUGACGCAGAGUGCUGCUGACAAGGCAAAGGGCGGUAACGUCUUCACUGAGAAGACGAUCGAUGUUGCUGCGAUGAUCAGCGAUCGCCCCGCACAACUCCUGCUCUUUGAGGCCGAACGAGCCUGGGCUCACUCCCAGGACCUUCGGUCCCAAUCCAACACUCAAGGCGAGGACCCCGCUCUGCGCAAGCGCGGCCUUGGUCGAGCACGCAAGGCUGUCCAGUGGUCUCAGCAGCUCGCGAGCCUCGCCGAAUCUCUGGGAUCGUCUCGCGUCGACGUCCGCUCUCGCUCCGAAAUCGCAGCAUACACCCUCACAAUCAAGGCGUCCCACUUCUUUGACAAGGGAGACUGGCAGGCGGCUCUUCAGCACCUCUGCGUCGCUCGCAACCUCUUGGCCGCUCUGGCCCGCUCCAGCCCGGACAGUCGCAGUGAAGCCCUCGCCAACUCGUUCGUAGACGCAGGAGAGGCACAGAUGCGAUUCUGCGCCUACCAGCUCGGCGAGGAUGAGCAAGAUAUGGACGUUGUGACUCGAAAGACGGUGGAUGGCGUUGAUGCGGACAAGGUCUGCCCGGACUACUCGAUCUUGAUCAAGUCGUUGAAUGAGACGGCAAACAAGGUCGGCGAUAGCAAGGAGGAUGCGGUACAGAUUGAGUGGAGGGACAGAGUAGUGCCUGUGAGGAACCCCGAAUUGGUCGAUGCGGUGCAGCGUGCGCGCAAGGAGGAAGCAUCGUUGAAGGAGCACGGCGUCGGCGCAGCUACUAGCGAAUCCACUGGCCGCCGCGACCGUACCGAUCGCAAGCCGCAGCGUCUCUCUCAUGCUGAGCGAAACGCUCGCAAGCGCGGCCAAGCUGCCCCUGCCAACAACGGCGAGAGCUCUGGCUCAUCUCGCGCCGCGGCAGCUGCAAGCAGUCGCUCCACCAAGGACCCCUUCGACGGGGCGCUCGCCGCCCUCACCGACGGAGAAGCUGUUGCUCGCCGCCUCGUUGACGACAAUGCCGAGGCCUUGGCUAAGAGUCAUUCUACCCGCUACGAGCGUGUGGGAGAGGACCUGCGCGUCGCUCACGAGUGGUUGCGAUACCGUCUCCUCGCACUGCAGGUCAGGAGGAGCGCGAGAUUGGCAGAGCAGGUAGAGGAGAAGGCGAGGAAGCGCGAGGAGAGAAAAGAGAGGCAGCAGUCUGGAACUUUGGCACCGAAGGCAAAGAGCAGCGGCAGCAGCAAGCCCAGACGCGAGGUCUCCAAAAAGGAACCUCGCAAGCCCCAACCUGGCUCAUUGGCCAAACGUCCCCGCGCCUCGCCACGCGCAAGCAAGCGUCGCCCCGCUUGCAUCGGCGCAAAAAAGCAGCGCCUGGAGCGUCAACGUUCUCAAAUCGCACGACGUCAACUCGUCUCUGAGGGCCAAUCACGUCGUCACGUUGCACGUACGAUUCCGGCGCUGGCCAAGCUCCACGACACCUGCGAGGCGGCUCUCAUCUCCCUUUCUGGGCUCAGCAUUGUCGAGUCUGACCCGGACGCUUCGACUGUCAUUGACGCCAAGCUUGCGUGGUACCGUGCAGAAAUGCUGCGUCACCUCGGAAGGGCGCACAGCCUUGCGGGCAAGCGCGAUGAGGCGUGCCUCUUGCUGCGACGAGCAGGGCUCUCAUUGCGCCAAGCAAGGCAGGCAGCAGAUCUUGUGGAGGACCAGGAGGUAGCCAAGGAGAUGGACGCAGAUGUUCCACCUGCUAUGAGCGAGGAGACUUUUUCGCGUGGCGAAGCAUUGGUGCAAGACGAGCUCAAGCGUACGCAGCGCGAGAUGUGGGCUCUUGAACACGGCGCGGCCAAGGGCGCUGUACCUCCCGCAGCCAUGUCUCUUACGCAGAGCAAGGCUGGGCAGCAGUUGCGCUCGCUUGCGCUCAGGCACGUCGACUUCGAUCCUGUGGAUGUGCAGGAGGCGUCAAGGGUCGAUGAGAUUUGGCAGGAGGAGUUUGCGCGAGGCAGCGUGGCUAAGAAGGGGCCGUCUGCUGCCGUCGCAGCUAGCGGUGCCAGAAAGCACUCGGUGGUCAGCGCUACUGGGGAGGAAGAGGAUGACUUCCAUGAGGCGGAACAGCUUGAGUUGCAUGACGAGGAAGAGACUGAGGAAGACGAAGAGUUUGCGCCUGCGGCUGAGGCUGGGGAGGAGGACGACGAGGGCGAGGACGAGCAGCCCGCAAAGAAGAGUGGGGGAGGCUGGCUCGGGGGUUGGUUCAGGAAGUAAGGCUUAGGCAUGACGAAAUCCCAGGGCAUAGCAAGUAGAGCACUCGUGAUGAGUGGAAGCGGACCUUGAGUAGUGAUAGGCUGAGCUGUUUUGUGUGUGUGUAGCCAGAUGCGCCAUGGUGCCGAGGGAAGGUGGCCGCGUCGAUGCAGCUUGGGUAGGCCAGUGAGGGAGAAGGAGUCGUACCGGCUAUUCCCUGUCUGGCGUUGAGGUCGCGGUUGACGAGCUUACGGCGUAACAAGGCAUUUGUCAAGACAGUCGACGAUGAUCUCAAGCAGAU